GCAUUUCAAUUUAUUUAAUUGGGAUCGCAAUAUUAUACUUUGUCACUGAUUAACGUUAUAAUAAUAACAAAUUUCAAUAUUUUGAUUUUCCAUGAAGUUUCUGGAUCUAGACAGCUCCUAAUUCUUGCUUAAGAUGUUAGUAUUUCAUUACAUUAGUUAGCAAAGAGUUGUGGUUGAUUGGAUACUUGUUGGAGAUUUGCAUACUGUUUUUUUUUUGAAGAUUUGUUAGCUUCAUUAGUAAGUGCAGCAAUGGAAUGGCCAUUGCCAAACAAGAGCUAUGCCAAUCCUCAGCUCUUGCCCUUUCAUGGUUCUAAUGCUAAGACGGGUUUCGACUCUCUCGCUUCUGCUGGUCUGGUGACGAUAACCACCAAAGAAAUCGACUCUGAUCGCACUUCUUACUCUACCGUUAUGCAGAAAAACAUUGAUCAAGGAGGAGUGCGGUACACGGUCACAACGUAUCCCGCCAAUCCAACGAAGGUAACGGUAUCACCUGCCUCUGUUCAUCCAUCUUUUCUGCCCCUUAGCCCACAACCGAUUUCUGCUAUCCCACCUCUGUCUUCGAGCAGCCCUGUUGUCGGAACUACAGAUUUAAGGAAUUCACCCAAGAUAUCAGGGGCUCCGGCCCAACUAACGAUGUUCUAUAACGGCUCAGUUUGUGUAUACGACAAUGUUUCUGCAGAUAAGGCUCAGGCUAUUAUGUUAUUGGCUGGAAAUGGGCCUCCCACGGCUUCUAGUUCACCGGCCGUUCAAGCAGUCACGCCUAGGCCUUCAAUUCUUGAAAGUUAUGUAGUGAAUCAUCCCUAUGGCGUUGCAUUGCAUCGGCCUAACCCUGCAGCAAAUGCCCCUAUUAGCGUUUCUCAAUCGCUCAGCUGGGCUGGUGCUAUCAGUGACAUGAAUGCUUCUAAACAAGGCAGCGUUCUUGUCUCGUCUAACAAAGUCGAGCCAUUGAGAGCAGUUAGUUCGCCAGCAUCCAGUUCUGCAUCCUUCAAUAAUUCGUCAAGCUCUGUACCUCAAUUUAGGAGGAAAUCGUUGGCUCGAUUUCUAGAGAAGCGCAAGGAGAGGGCAAUCAGCACAGCACCAUAUGGUGACAAGGAAUCACCAUAAUGCAAAGCACUUAACUGAUCAAAGGGCAACAUGCAACCGAACAGAUACAGAUACACGCUGCUGCAUUCGUACGAGUAGUAACUUGAUUUUGAUUUGUGUUGUAGGUGUUGUUGCUGCAAUCCAGUUUUGAUGUUGGUAUAUAUGAUCCAACAGCUUUUUGUUCGAUCACACUAAGAAUGUUUUAGGCCACACUUUCUUAACGGCUAAAUUCUAUAAAUGGGGUCUUCUACAAUAAUCGUUCCACCAAUAGGUAGGUUUUUUUUUUGUUUCUGGAAAUGGGUGAUUUGAAAUACGCAUUCUAAGAAUGCGUAUUUCAAAUACGCAUUCGUGGAAUGCGCAACUAAGCUGAAUUCGGCAGUCAACCAGAAAAGUCAAAAUUCAAACUAAAUACGCAUUCUUAGAAUGCGUAUCUCCCCUUCAUAAAGUUCGUCCAAAACAGAAUCGGGCAGAAGCAUUCUGCCCUCUGCGCGAACUCCAGCCUCCUUACCCACGAAUCCCUUCCAAGAAUCGGGCAGAGGUAUACAUACCGUGGGGGGGGGGAGAACGUCGGCGGCGGCGGCAGGUCGACGGGAGCGGCGGCGGCGGCGAAGAAGCAGCAGAAUCGAAGAAGCAGCGUGUCUGUUGUGCGUUCUGUUCUGGCCGAUUUGCCCCAAUUUAAUUCAAGUGAGAUAUGCAUUCUAAGAAUGCGUAUUUAGUUUGAAUUUUGACUUUUCUGGUUGACUGCCGAAUUCAGCUUAGUUGCGCAUUCUAAGAAUGCGUAUUUGAAAUACGCAUUCUUAGAAUGCGCAACACCUAUUUACAGAAAUUCAAAAAAAAACCCCUAUCGGUGGAAGCCGAUUUCCAGAAUGCACUAUUUAUAGAAUUUAGCCCUUUCUUAACUACACUGUACAAAACGUAGCAUACCUAUAAUUUUUACUCUUGUUUGUAGCAGUGUAAUGAAAAUUUCAUUUCCGUA